UUAAAAAGCCAGGCCCGAAACGUCGGUACGUAUUUCUUAGAUCUCGGAGGAGGAGGAGGAGGACGGGAGCAAUCGUAGCUAGCGCCACCCCGCUUCCUUUCUUUAUUUAGCCAGCUUCGCCUCCGCAUUUCCCUGCCACCUCCAUCCCCCUCAUCUAUCCAUCCUUCGAGCCCGCCGUCCCACCGGGAUCGUUCCAAGUAUACAAGUAACAGGUCUUGUGUGGUGGAGUCUCCUUUAAGGUUGCUUCUAAAUGUCAAGUGCAAAACAGGUCCUUGAUCCUGCAUUUCAAGGAGCUGGCCAAAAACCUGGGACAGAAAUAUGGCGGAUUGAAGAUUUUAAACCAGUUCCUUUGCCAAAGUCAGAUUAUGGUAAAUUCUACUGUGGAGAUUCAUACAUAGUUCUGCAGACGACUUGUAACAGGGGUGGUGCUUACCUCUUUGACAUUCACUUCUGGAUUGGGAAAGAUUCUAGUCAAGAUGAAGCUGGCACUUCAGCAAUCAAGACGGUUGAACUUGAUAGCAUGCUUGGGGGUCGUGCAGUCCAGCACAGGGAACCCCAAGGUUACGAAUCUGAUAAGUUCAUAUCAUACUUCAAGCCAUGCAUUAUACCCAUGGAGGGAGGUUUUGCUUCUGGGUUUAGAAAGCCAGAGGAGGAAAAAUUUGAAACGCGGCUGUAUAUUUGCAAAGGAAAGAGAGCUAUCAGAGUCAAAGAGGUUCCAUUUGCUCGUUCCUCAUUAAACCACGACGAUGUCUUUAUCUUGGAUACUGAAAAGAAAAUAUAUCAAUUCAAUGGUGCUAACUCCAAUAUUCAAGAAAGAGCCAAAGCACUGGAAGUGAUCCAACAUUUAAAGGACAAGUACCAUGAAGGAGUGUGUGAUGUUGCAAUUGUUGAUGAUGGAAAAUUGCAAGCAGAAUCAGAUUCAGGUGAAUUCUGGGUCGUUUUUGGUGGUUUUGCACCAAUAGGGAAGAAAGCUCCAUGUGAUGAUGAUGUUAUUCUUGAAACUACACCAACAAAGCUUUACAGUGUCAAUAAUGGUAAACUGACGUUAGAAGAUACCGUUUUGACAAAAUCAAUUCUUGAGAACACUAAAUGCUUUCUACUUGACUGCGGGUCCGAGUUAUAUGUAUGGGUUGGCCGGGUAACACAAGUGGAUGAUAGGAAAGCUGCAAGUGUGGCAGUGGAGGAAUUCAUUGUUAAGCAAAAUAGGCCAAAGACAACAAGAGUGACUCAAGUAAUUCAAGGUUAUGAGGACCAUACGUUCAAGUCCAAAUUUGAUUCGUGGCCUGUAAGUAAUGCGGCAGGAGCCAGUGCGGAGGAUGGCCGAGGAAAAGUUGCAGCGAUGUUGAAGAAAAAAGGUGAUGUCAAGGGAGCCUCCAAAAACAGCCCCACAGUAAAUGAGGAAGUUCCUCCUUUGCUAGAAGUCGGGGGAAAGCUUGAGGUAUGGUGUGUUGAUGGCAGUGCUAAGACUGCUCUUCCGAAGGAAGAUCUUGGAAAAUUUCAUAGCGGGGAUUGUUAUAUUGUUCUCUAUACAUAUCAUUCGGGUGAUAAAAGAGAAGAAUUCUAUCUAACUUGCUGGAUUGGGAAGAAUAGUAUACUGGAAGAUCAGCAUAUGGCUCUUCAAAUAACUAAUACGAUUUGGAAUUCAAUGAAAGCAAGACCUGUUCUGGGUCGUAUAUAUCAAGGGAAGGAGCCUCCACAGUUUAUUGCUCUUUUCCAGCCCAUGGUUAUUCUUAAGGGUGGAAUCAGCUGCGGAUACAAGAAUUCUGUACAAGAGAAGGGCUUGCCAGAUGAAACAUAUCCUGGCACCGGUGUCGCUCUUGUUAGAAUUGAUGGAACGCCAAUUCAUAACAAUAAAACACUUCAAGUUGAUGCGGUGUCAACAUCCUUGAGUUCUACAAACUGUUUUGUCCUGCAAUCUGGAAAUUCAGUGUUUAUAUGGAUUGGCAACACAAGUUCUUAUGAACAACAACAGUGGGCUGCAAAAGUUGCUGAGUUCUUGAAGCCUGGCGUUGCUGUCAAGCAUUGCAAGGAGGGAACCGAGAGCUCUUCUUUCUGGUCUGCUCUUGGUGGAAAACAGAAUUACUCAAAUAUAAAUGCCACACAGGAUGUUGUUAGAGAACCCCAUCUGUACACAUUCUCAUUUAGGAAUGGCAAGCUGGAGGUAACUGAAGUUUACAAUUUUUCACAAGAUGAUUUGUUGACCGAAGAUGUGAUGGUACUUGACACACACGCCGAAGUCUUUGUUUGGAUGGGUCAGUGUGUGGACACAAAAGAGAAACAAAUGGCAUUUGAAAUUGGCGAGAAAUACAUAGAGCAUGCGUUGACCUUCGAAGGUCUUGCACCUGACGUGCCUCUCUAUAAAGUCAGUGAAGGGAAUGAACCUUGCUUCUUUAGGACAUACUUCUCCUGGGAUAGCACCAGAUCUCUGAUCCAUGGGAAUUCAUUUCAGAAGAAACUUUCACUUCUUUUUGGAAUGCGUUCAGAGAGUGGGCCUAAGGGCUCAGGUGAUGGUGGACCAACUCAAAGGGCAUCAGCACUGGCAGCACUUUCAUCCGCUUUUAAUCCAUCUUCCCAAGAUAAACAGUCUACUGAUAGGCCUCAAAGCUCUGGUGAUGGUGGACCUACUCAGCGUGCUUCAGCAUUGGCUGCAUUAUCAUCUUCACUCAAUACGUCAGGUUCACAAUCUCGUCCAGGUCAAGGUUCUCAGAGAGCAGCUGCUGUUGCAGCAUUAUCUAAUUCAGUGUCUUCUCAAAGUCCCCGCAAUGAUGCAGAGGGUGAAGCAGCAGAAUUUGAUAUGGUGGAUGAGGCGGAGCGAACUGAGCCUGACGUAUCACGGGAAGAGACUGCCAACGAGAAUGGUGGUGAAACAAUCUUCAGCUAUGACCGUCUGAUAUCAAAGUCUACCGACCCUGUCCGUGGGAUAGAUUACAAGCGCAGGGAGACAUAUUUGUCGGACACUGAAUUCCAGACUGUAUUUGGUAUGAACAAGGAGGAGUUCUACCAGCAGCCAAGGUGGAAGCAAGAAUUGCAGAAAAGAAAAGCGGAUCUUUUCUGAAGCACAAAUUCCUAGUUUUCUCUUCCAUGAUUGGUACCACAAGCCCAAGCCCAGCAGUCUUCAUGUUCCAGACGCGAGACUACCUGCUGGUUUAUCUGCUCAUUUGAUUUCCCCAAGUUUUAUAGGCUGCAGUAUUAUUAUUUGUAUAUUAUAAUUCCUACAUGAUCUGCGUUACGCAACUCCAAGGAUCGUUCCUACAUCAAUUGCUCUCGUGGUUAUUCUUCGUUGAUGCACAUGUACACCAUUGCCAUGCUCAAAUUUGUAUCAGUUCUUGGCGUCGUUUCUCAUGGUCACUCUAUGUUGCUACUGAGAUGUAUGAUACUCCUACUAUUUCAUAUCCAGACUUCUGCUUUUACUUUUA